GAAGAAGAGUUAUCCAAAGCUAAACUAAACAUUAACUGUUGUUGUUGCGUGGGAAGUUGAGAAUUAUUUGGGAGACUUGUUUUGUGUGUUUGGUGAUACUAAUUUCAACAUUUCAAACGGGAAAAGAAUGGAAACAAAACAGUUUACAGGAGGGGCGACUGACUGUGAGAGUGUUGACAUCAUGGGGUUCACAGGCAGACAGGGGAAAGUUCCACGGAGGAUCAUUCACUUUGCCAGUGGGGAAACCAUGGAAGAGUACAGCACUGAUGAAGAGGAUGAGCCUGUGAAGAAAGAUGUUACUCCAGUUGAUCCGGCUAAACUGACCUGGGGUCCUUUUAUCUGGUUCCAAAUGUGGCGAAUGGCCACCUCCACUGUCUCAGUAUGUGACUACUUGGGUGAAAGACUGGCUUCUUUGUUUGGGAUCAAUGCUCCUAAGUACCAGUAUGCAAUUGAUGAGUACUAUCGCAUAAAGAAGGAGGAGGAGGAGGAAGAGGAGGACAACCGUCUGGCGGAGGAGGCAGAGCGUCAGUUCAAUCUGCAGCAGAGAAGUGGGCAGAACAAUCCUGCAUUGGUGGAGCAGCCAGAGACGUCCACAGCCUCCUUUGUAAACAUUAGCUUUGAGCUCCAGCCUGAGCCGCCCCUCAGUGGUCCAGACUCAGACAGAGUCCCUUCUCCACUUCCAUCUUGAAAACAGACUCUUGAAAAACCUAAUUUAAUUGGCAAUGUAUACUAAUUAUAUUAUUUUUCUAUGUUUUUUUUUUUUACAUUUCUAAAAUAUUUUAAUUAUUAUGCAUUGCAGGAAACCCGAAAAGAAGCAGCCUAACCUUUGUAUGUAAAUGCAUCUAAAUAUGAUCUAUGCAGAACUUAUCGUAUGUUUAAAUGUGUUAGGUUUAGACUGGGCUUGUCUGCACACAAACACGCAAAUUAAGAAGUCACACAUGAAGAAAGGAGUUGAGUUUUCUUUCUGAAGUGGACCAUUUCUCUGAAAAUGGUUAAAGGUACAGCACCAUCUUCAACUCUCAAGCUCUUACAAACAUGUAUGUAGUUUGCUAAAAAGAAACAAAUCUGGCACAGAUUGCUCAUGCUGAACAUGCUGAACAUGCUGAACCAGUUUCUCAUCAAGUUAUUGGUUUGUAUUAAUCUGCUUCAGACUACGGUGUGAUGCUGAGAGUGCUACCAGUUUUCUUUUGUAUGUUUAGAGCAUGAAGGAACCAAAGUAACUCAUUCACAGGAAUAUUUGCACCCAGUUUGCCUGAAGAAAUACAUUCCAUUGGAAGUAUAGACCCACAUCUGUAGCAGAAAAAUGGCAACCGUUCUGUCUUAUUGUCCUGAAGAGUUCAAAGGAUAUUUAGAGAACUGCUCUCCAUAGUUUUAUUGCUGUUCUGUUUCUGGAAUUUCCACAGGUCAAGAAUCAGGUUUAACACAAGUAUGAAUGAUGUGUUCUUUUACUGGCUCGAGCAAAGCUUUGCUUUAAAUAUGUAAAAUUAAUCAGCUGAUGUGAAACCUGUCAAAGAUUCUGAAGCUAAAAGGACUUGUUUUGUUUUUGGCAACGUUCACUUGGUAAAUAUUCUCAAAGUGAUGUGUGAUUGCUGCAACUGGAAUUAAAGCCUUUUUUAAUGUUA